GGGGAGAUAAUGCCAAAAGAAAAAUUGUAAAAUUAAAAUGGCACCUGUUUUGAAGAAAGAUGCUAAAGCACGCGGACAAAAAAAUAAAACAGACUUAGAAAUAGACGAUCUGAUAACAGAGGAAGACAAAGUGAUAUUACAAAAUGUUGAAGAUGUUGAUGAAGAAUCAGCUGUUGAUGUGGAUGCUAAUGGGGAAGACAUCCCUGAGUCUGAGAUUUUAGCUUUUCUUCAAAAGCUUGGAGUUGAAAAGCACAGACCUUUUCCUGUAGCUACAGCCAAGGGAAGUAAAAAUGAUAAAAGUAAAAAGGAAGCUAACAAAUCCAGUGCUACAACAGAAACAACUAAGCAGAAAAAGGAUGUGCAGGCCUCUACCAAGAAAAAUGCAGAAAAAAAUAAACCCCCUGUUAAGGCAGAGGAUUUAAAACCUGUUCUGCAGUUUCUGAAGUUGCCUAAAGCAAGAAAAAAUUUGUUACUGAAGCCUGGUCAAAUGUGGAGAGAGGAGAAGGCUCAUCCUAUACCAGAUCAACCACCAGAUGGAACAGUUUUACAAGAAGCAGAAAAACUGGCAAAAAAAAUACUUGAGGAAGAAAUUUCUAUGUACUCCACAGAGAAGGCAGGCACUAAAAAUUCAGAAGCUCGUUGGUUAAAAACAGUCCUGGCUUCGGGUACCCUGUCUGACAAGAUGGCUGCCCUGACAUUGUUGAUACAAGAAUCUCCUGUACACAACAUGUCAAGUAUAGAUUCGCUGAUUGCAAUGGCAGGCAAAAAAGGAAGAAGAGAGGCUAUGAUGGCUGUUGAUACUUUAAGAGAUUUAUUUAUAUCUGGUUUAUUGCCUGAGGAGAGGAAAUUAAGAGCAUUUAAACAGCAACCGUUGACAGAGAUAUUAAAACUGAGUGAAGGAAAUCUUGACACAAGAGACAGGAUCCUGUUGAUGUGGAGCUUUGAAGAUCAACUCAAACUAAAAUAUGCACAGUUUAUAAAGACCUUAGGGGAGAUGUCUUUUGAUACUUUGCAAACAUCAAAGGAAAAAGCACUUAGUACAAUACAUCAUUUGUUAACCAGCAAGCCUGAGCAAGAAAAUGCUCUGCUCCCCAUGCUAGUCAAUAAACUCGGUGAUCCACUCAUCAAAUCUAAGGCUAUGUACCUUUUGACUAAACUAGUUGAUGAACAUCCCAACAUGAAAGCUGUCAUUGUCAGAGAAGUAGAGCAGCUUCUGUACAGGCCUAAUGUUUCACAGCGAGCUCAGUACUAUGCUAUCUGCUACUUAACUCAGCUACACUUGAGUCACCAAGAGAAUGAACUUGCCUCUAAACUUAUCCAGAUUUAUUUCUUCUUUUUCCAAAGUUAUUUAAAGAAAGGUGAGGUGGAUAACAAGAUGAUGAGUGUUCUGCUUUCUGGCGUCAACAGGGCAUAUGCCUUUGCUAAAGCAAACAAAGAAGAACUGGCACAGCAGAUGGAUGCGGUUUAUAAAAUAAUUCCGUCGGUCAACUUCCACACAGGUAUCCAGGCCCUGAUGUUGUUGUACCAGGUGACAGACUCCACUUCCAGCACCUCUGACCGCUACUAUAUGUGCCUGUACCGCAAGCUGGCUGACCCAGCGCUAAGCAACUCUUCUAAGCAGUCCAUCUUUAUGAAUCUUUUGUUUAAAAGUUUGCGCAGGGAUAUAGUGGAUCGUAGAGUCAAGGCAUUUAUCAAGAGGAUAUUGCAAGUGUAUUCGCCCCAGCCCCCUCAGAUUAUCUGUGGUGUUCUCAUCCUCUUGUCUCAGAUUUUGAAAGAGAAGCCCGGCCUUAUAAAGUCAAAGCAAAUAACAAAGGGUCAGUGGUUUGAUGAUGAUGACGAGGAACAUUUUGUUGACCAACCAGAUCCUGACGAUAGUACUGUGACACCUAGUAUAGAGGUCAGCAUGACAGAGGAGGUGGACAAGGGUAACACUGAGACCAACACACAGACUAAAACCCAGUCGUCUUGGGUUCAUCGGAAAAAUGUUGGUGGACAAGGUCAUGCAGCAGACUAUGACCCCUAUAGCAGAAACCCGUUGUACUCCCGUGCCGAGCUGGAACUUGUGUGGGAGCUGCAGCAGUUAACCAGACACUACCACCCCACUGUCAGGCUGUACGCUGCAUCUAUCCUUAAGGAGGAGCCUAUAGAAUACGAUGGUGAUCCAGUUAAAGACUUCACCUUGGCCCGCUUUCUGGAUAGGUUUGUUUACAAGAAUCCCAAGAAAAAUCUGGGUGAACAACAACAAAAGUGGGGUCAGUUUAAGAAAGCGGGACCUGGAGGGAUCAGGGCCAUACCUGUCAACUCUAGGGAGUUUCUGGAACUGGGGGAGAGCAAUGUACCUGAGGAUGAGAAGUUCUUUUACAGGUACUUCAAUGAAAGAGCCAACAGGGUCCAAGACAAUGAUGACAGUGAUGAUGGGAGUGUGGGAGAUGAGGAGUUUGAUGCUUUCUUGGAUAACUUUGAAAAAAAUGUUGACAGAGAUGAUGACUUGGAUGAUAUGGAUCUAGAUUUUGCUGGAGACAAACAUAAAAACAAGGCAACCCCUAAGGCUAAAGAGUCUGAGAGUGAAGAAAGUGAUGCUGAUGAUGUUGACGACGAUGAUGAUGUGGAUUUCUCUGAUGAUGAACUGGCUGCGGAGUUUAAUCAGGAAAUGUCUGGCAUGGAUUUCGAUGACAGCCAGAUGGAGGUGGAGUUUUCACCGGACGAAGACGAUGAACUCCAAACAAUGAUGCAGCCAAGCCUUGGCAAAAACAAGAAAAAAGGGAGAAAAGAAAUGGCUGGGAAGAAGAAAAACAAAGACGACACUACAAACUUGUUUGCGUCUGCUGAAGAAUUUGCUCACCUGCUUGAGGAGGAAACAGAAGGCAACCAGGUCUCGCUGGGAGGCACUGGUGAUGUGAUAAACAAAGACAAAGCAGCACAAAAACAACUGGCAUGGGAGAAACAAAGGGAAUUCUGGCUCAAGGACAAGAAGAGGAAGGGAGGUAAACCAGGUCAUAAAGGUGGCAAAGGGAGGCCACUUAAAAACAAAUUCUCACAAGGGCAGAAAAAGUUGGUAGCCAAAAAGAAAUUUAAAAGAUGAUGAAUAUAUUUUAAUUAAAUUCUUUAUUUUAUUUGUCUGCUUUGUUAGUUGUUGGUUUUGAUCUAUGAACUGUCAAUAAAAAUAAUUUAAAAAACGAAUAUGAAUAUGUUAAU